CGUCUCCCAGGGGCUUCAGUGAGAACGAGAGAUAGCCCUGUCUCUGCUGUGUGUAGCUUCUAAUCAAACAGAAUUGCGAGUCUCAUCCUCUGGCUCCAUGGCUGCCCUGUUCUGUGGCGUGUUGCUGCUGCUGUGUGGCCUUGACUCAGCAUGGGCCACAUUGGUCACUGAUAUGGACUAUGGUGGCAUUCCUCUGUGGAUUAACCGCCUGCUGGGUGAGCCCAGCGUUUUAAGUCUGCAGGGAAGGAUUGACCCGGCCUGGUUUCGAGCUAACAAUGACCAGGUCUGUCCUGAGCAGUGUGACUGUCCCAUCCACUGGCCGACGUCGCUCUACUGUGACAGCAGAGGCCUUGAAAACGUCCCCCAGGGCCUGCCGCAAAGAACCCAGUACUUGUUUUUACAGGGCAACAAGAUCUCAUCCCUGUCCUACCCUGUCCUGGCUAAUGUUACGGGUCUACGUUGGCUAAUCAUCGACAACAACCAGCUGGAGAGCAACGAAUUGGAGCUGGUCUCUCUGCAGAACCAGACUCAGCUGCGCUACUUUUUUGCGAACAGCAACAACUUGACGUCGGUGCCUGGCGGCUUACCAGCCGGACUCAUACAGCUGCGGCUGGCCUACAACCGAAUCAGCAACAUCAGCCCCGGAGCUUUCCAGAACCUGCAGAAUCUGACGCUUCUGUUGCUGCAGGGAAACAGGCUGCAAACCAUCAAAGAGGGCGACCUCAAAGGUCUCAUCAGGCUGAAUCUGUUGGACAUCAGUGGAAAUUUGUUCUCAGCUGUCCCCAGCCAUUUACCUCCCUCUGUCCAGCAGCUUUAUCUGUCCUACAACAACUUCUCUGGGCUGGACGAGGGCAGUUUUGAGGGAUUUCUCAACCUGAAGUUUCUGCGCCUCAGCCACUGCGGCCUGCAGAGCAGCAGCGUCCACCCACAGGCCUUUAAUCACUCCAGCCUGGUGGAGGUGGAUCUCUCUUACAACAAGCUGACCACCACCCCCACAGUUCCAAUAACCCUGCAGUACCUCUACCUGGAGGCCAAUAACAUUCGAGAGUUCAACGUGAGCAGUUUCUGCAGAGAGGUGGGGCCUCUGUCCUACUCCAGGAUGAAGAUCCUACGGCUGGAUGGAAACAAAAUGGCACACCAUCAGCUCCCCCCUGACUGGGUUUACUGCCUCCGAGUGCUUCAGAGAAUUUUCAUCUGACUCGGAGGAUUAGUUAGACACGAGUACAUCGUGUACCCCUCCGACCAGAACAGGUGCUACAGAGAAAAACACGACGAAACCUCAGC